CUCUCUCUCCUCUCCCUUCUCUAAUUCAUCUCUUUCCUGCGUGCGUCCUGAGUCCUGACGAAGCCACACAGAUACAGACACAGACAGACACAGACACAGAGGUACUCGAAUUGGUGAAAUUGGGAGAUAUUUUGGACUUGUUUUUGUGUUAUCAGAGCAGCAAUGGACCAUGCUGAGCUCACCACUGAACAGGUUUUGAAAAGGGACAUCCCUUGGGAGACAUACAUGACCACUAAGCUCAUCACUGGAACGUGCCUUCAGCUGUUAAGGCGUUACGAUAAAAGAUCCGAGAGUCACAGAUCACAGUUGCUCGAUGAUGACGGCCCUGCUUAUGUUCAAGUGUUUGUUGGCAUUUUACGUGAUAUUUUCAAGGAAGAAACAGUAGAAUAUGUCCUUGCUUUAAUUGAUGAAAUGCUUGCAGCUAACCCAAAAAGAGCAAGAUUGUUCCAUGAUGGUACUAUUGUCGAUAAAGAUAUUUAUGAGCCUUUCUUGAGGUUGCUUUGGAAGGGUAAUUGGUUCAUCCAAGAGAAGAGCUGUAAGAUACUUGCUCUAAUAGUGAGUGCCAGGCCAAAACCCCAAGAUGGCACUGUUGCAAAUGGAGAAGCCUCAAAUUCAAAGAGAAAAAUUACUACUAUUGAUGAUGUGUUGAAAGGAUUGGUGGAAUGGCUUUGUGCACAGCUGAAGAAGCCUUCCCAUCCUAGUCGCGGCAUCCCAACUGCUGUCAAUUGCCUUGCAACCUUAUUAAAGGAACCUGUGGUUAGAUCUUCCUUUGUUCAAUUAGAUGGGGUGAAGUUGCUUGUUCCCUUAAUUUCUCCAGCUUCCACCCAACAAUCUAUUCAGCUUCUUUAUGAAACAUGUCUAUGUAUCUGGCUCCUAUCCUAUUAUGAACCUGCGAUUGAGUACUUGGCCACUUCUAGAACUCUUCCACGACUCAUAGAAGUUGUCAAGAGUUCCACAAAGGAAAAGGUUGUCAGAGUUGUUGUUUUGACCCUGAGGAACUUGCUCUCCAAAGGGACGUUUGGUGCUCAAAUGGUGGACCUUGGACUGCCACAAAUAGUUCAGAGUUUGAAAGCACAAGCAUGGAGUGAUGAGGAUCUCCUGGAGGGAUUAAAUCAACUGGAAGAGGGUCUGAAGGAUAACAUCAAGAAACUGAGUUCUUUUGAUAAGUAUAAGCAAGAAGUCCUCCUUGGCCAUCUUGACUGGUCACCCAUGCACAAGGAUCCAAUAUUCUGGCGCGAGAAUGUUACCAAUUUUGAAGAGAAUGAUUUUCAGAUUCUAAGAGUCUUGAUUACUAUUUUGGACACAUCCACUGAUCCUAGGGCUUUGGCUGUUGCCUGCUUUGAUAUCUCACAGUUUGUCCAGCAGCAUCCGGCUGGAAGAAUCAUAGUGACGGACCUCAAGGCCAAGGAACGUGUGAUGAAACUGAUGAAU